AAUAAUUCCCAGGGCGUCCAUCACAACAACAGCAAAUGUCAGCAAUCACACUCACCGCAUCCCGCAUAGGGUCAUGCAGUUGUCUGUCAUCCGCCGCCCCGCGGGUGUCGAUCUCGAUCUCGGGCGGCCGGCAUGUGUCACCACCACGGCCGGCACGAGGAUGGGCGAGAGGGAUGGCGGCGAAGACCGCGGUGAAGACUGAGCCGAAGGGGGAUGCAGGCGACGACUCCGCCGGACCCCUUCCGCCCUUCUACCCCCGCCCACCCACCGGCCCCCUCCCAAACCUCUCCGGCCUCUCACCUUCCGCGCUCCAAAUCCCUUAUGACCCACGCGGCCACAAACACGGCGCCCGCCUCCUCCGCUCCAUCGACGUGGACCUGCGCUCCCGGCUCGAUUCCACCGAUCCCUCCGCUAUCACCCCUCAAACAUCAACAUCCAACACCUCUGCUACUUCAGCAGCACCCAACCGCGCCGCCCUCUUCCUAACCCCAAACGGCCCACACGCAGUCGUCCCCGGCUCCAUCCUCCUCAUCGAAAACGUCACCUCGCGCACCCGCCCACGCACCCAAAUCGUCGCAGGCGUGCUCAUCGCCAUCCGCCGCAAAGGCGUGCUCUCCAACAUCGUCGUGCGCAACUACGUCCUCGGGACCGGGUUCGAGAUGACGUUUCCGAUCUUCUCGCCGAAUGUCAGGCGGAUCAAGGUGCUGAAGAGGGUUGAGGAGGGUGACGGGAAGGGGAAAGCGGGCAGGAAGGGGGAUACGUUCUUUGAGAUCCGGGAGAACCCGCAGCUGGCCCCGACGGCGUUUGGCAAGAUUGAUGAGAUGGUGAUCAGGGAUCGCGAGGCGGAGCGCAGGGCGAGGGUCAUGUCUACGAGGCGGUAGUGGACGAACAUCGUGGGGAGUGUUCCCGGGCUUCAUUGGUGAAUAGAUUAUAUAUAUAUGGGAAGGAGAGUUUGAAACUUGGUGUGUUGUGCGUGGAAACGAGCGUCGUAUCUUCCCAAUGGAAACGUUACCCCGUCGCGCACGAACGGCAGGCAUUUGAUAAACCAUCAUAUGUACAGUACGUAUUUAUGGAGCGUGGGGGUAUAAUAAUACCAACCAACCAGCUCGCUGUUCCGUUGGAGGGGUGUCAUCCGCGUAUACCUGCAUGGUGUCGGUCUCCUUGGGGGU